ACACAUAUAAAAGUGACAUCACCACUGGCAGGUGCAACGUGAUGGAACACAUUUGCCUCUUUAUCCUUUCUCUGUCAGGAGUCUUGUCGCUAACUCUGUGCAACACACAUGACUACAUUCUGAUUAAACAGUUAAAAACAUGGGGAGAUGCUCAGACUUACUGCCGAAAGAACCAUGUUGAUCUGGCCACUGUUCAAAGUAAUGAAAACUUCAAAUGUCUGCGAGAAGUAGCAGAUACAAAUAAAUUUACUGGAGUUGCCUGGACUGGCCUGUACAAUGACAUCAAUAGCUGGCGGUGGUCUUAUCAAGAUGAGAGUCAAUUGUUUAUGCGCUGGUCAUUGGGGCAGCCAGAUAACUACGGUUCGGGAGAGGAGUGUGUUGUACUAAGAUAUGAUGGUGUUUGGUUUGACACAUACUGUUGGCAGCUAAGAUAUUUUCUGUGUUAUGACGAGCGGAGCAACAGCACAGACAGUUAUGUUUUAGUUACUAAAUCAAAGACUUGGCUUGAUGCGCAGACACACUGCAGACAGCAUUAUACAGACCUGGUCACCAUUAGAAAUCAAACGGACAAUGACCUGUUAGCAAAGAAGUUAUAUUGGAUUACAGAUUUUGUCUGGAUUGGACUAUUCAGGGACAAAUGGAAGUGGUCCGACCAGGCCAACUUUACUUACUCAACUCAAGUGACUGUUCAACGUCUGGUUGGAGCAAAUGAAAACUGUGCUUAUGUAAAUUAUUGGGGUAACAUCGAAGACUAUCCCUGCUCUACAACUUUUUACUUCUAUUGUGACACUGUGUGGCUGAAACGGCAGAUCAUGAGACUGGAGGUAAAAGCCAAUCAGAAUGUGACUGAUACUAAAUUGAAGGCUCUCGUCUUAAAGCAGAUAGAGCAAACACUGAAUGAACAAGGCUGGACAGAAGACGUCACCAUGACAUGGAUGAAGCAACACAAUGGACGAGUCUUCCAGAAGAUUAAUACAUUUGUACCCAAUAGUAGUAAUGGAAGCUCUUCUUGCUCUGACCACGACUUCUGAACUUUUUUUUUCUUUUUUUUUUUGGAGGAAAAUUUAUAUACAAUUUUGUAUGAUGGAACAUACUUCUCAAUUAAAUGAAAUGAAAUUUAACAAUAUAACAAGUUAAAAAUACUCAAUUUAAAAUGACUUUGACACCUAUAAUCUGUUAUAAUUAAUCAGUGUACUUUGUUUCUCUUUCCUUCCCAUUUUUCUGCCUUUCCCAGCUCCUACCCCAAUGAUGCAUAUUAAGUGUGAUUUAUUCAUUAACUUUAGAUUUCCAGUUCUAUAUAUGCCAUAUUUAAAUUAGUUUUAUAAAAGUAUACAAUUAUUAAGAGAGGUUUUUUGAUAUAGGUAGACCGGGGCUAAUUGUCACACAGGGAAGUUGUCAAAAGGGCUAUUUUCAAAAGAAUAUUCCAGGUUCAAUACAAGUUAAGCUCAAUUGACAGCAUUUGUUGCAUAAAGUUUACAGAAUUAUUACAUUACCCCAAAAAUGUAUUUUGACUCAUCCCUCCUUUUCUAUAAAAAAAAUAAAAAUAAAAAAUAAAAAAAUACAGUCAGGCAUUUACUAUGGAAGUCAAUAGGGCCAGUCCAUAAACAUUACAAUACUCACUGUUUCAAAAGUAUAGACACAAGACGUAAACAAUAUGUGUGUUAACAUGACUUUAGUGUGAUACAAUUGCUAACUAAACUCUUCUGUGUUAUAUCCUAGUUUUAUAUAUAUAUAAAAGAGGAUUUAAAGUUAAAAUAAUGCAUGAGUUAUAACAAAAUAAUACAAGUGGUUUUAUAAAAGUAUAAGCUUCACAUUUCUUCUCGAGUUUUGCUUUUUUAAAGAGAA